CAAAAUUUGACCUUGUAACUCACAGAGCUUUGUUUCGGUUACCACGUUGUUGUCCGUGCCGAGUCUUCUGUAACUCGCGCUAGCUGCUAUCUUGUAACUGCGCUUGCUGAGACUUUAGCUGGAUAAACAAAACAGCUAAUGCUAACUGGCUAACAAGGAAGCGUUGAAAGACAUGUCUAAAGCGGUUAAAGAGCACUGAUUAACUGUGAGUUCUGACUGAACACGCCCGCCAAGAUGCCUGGGGUGCCCACCGGUGCCAAGGACCUCUAUGUGUCCACAUCGCUUGGUGACCUAAAUAAAAAAGCCGAAAUUAAGUCAGACAAGAUCAGCACAAGAAACUAUGUUCAAAGUGCCUGCAAACUCUUCAAGGCGGCAGAGCAGAGUCGUCUAGACAGAGAUGAGGAGAGAGCUUAUGUGCUUUACAUGAAGUAUCUAGGAGUAUAUGACAUUAUCAAGACCAGACCAGACUUCAAACAGCAGUUGGAGUAUUACAUGACAAUGCUCGGCCCCAACAACAUCAAGAAAGCCAUCGAAGAAGCUGAGAGGCUCGCUGCAAGCCUCAAACUCAGGUAUGAAGAAGUUGAAGUGAGGAAAAAGCUAGAAGAGAAGGAGAAGCAAGAGUUGAAAAAAAGGAGUGAGAAUAUAACUGAGAAAGAUGACAGUCGAAGCCCUCCCAAAUCCUCAGCAGCCAACAAGGACGACAAUAAGGUAAAAGGGGAGGUAAACGACUUGAAGAAUGCAUCUUCAAAAACUACGGCAGCGGGCGGGAUCACUGCUGAGAAACUUUUCCACAUGAUGAAGGACCAAAUGAUAACGAUAAUCGUCAUGGAUGCCCGGAGCCAGAAAGAUUUUGAGGAGUCUCACAUUCAGGUCCCAUCUCAGGCCUGCAUCAGCGUGCCUGAGGAAGCCAUCAGUCCAGGAAUCACAGUGAAUCAAAUUGAAGAAAAGCUCCCAGAGGUGUCCAAAGAGCAGUGGAAUAGGCGGGGUUCUGUGGAUUACGUAGUCCUGUUGGACUGGUUUAGUUCUGUAACAGAUCUAAGAAUGGGCACCACGCUGCAGAGCCUUAAAGAUGCUCUAUACAAGUGGGACAGUAUGACCAUCUUGCGAAGUGAGCCACUUGUGCUGGAGGGAGGUUAUGAGAACUGGCUGUUGUUUUACCCAAUGUACACAACCAACGCUAAAGUCCACCCUCCUAGGCAGAACAUUAUUCAAAACACUCUGCCUCAGCUAAACUUCAGUUACCCAACCCUCGAAGAACCAAAACCUCCAACACCGCCACCACAACCGGAAACUGAGAUUAUAACCGAGCCUAUACCAGAUCCUAUACAACCGUCUGCUCCCUUACUGGUUGUGAAUGGAAUUACUCCAAUGGAAAUCCGCACAGCCACACCACCUGUAAUUACAGACAAAUUGGAAGACACUGUUGAAGCUCUUUUUGCUAAACUUGAAGUGAGCAAGAAAGAACCGGUGACUGACACGUCCAAAGACUCUAGAAAGCCUUCUCCCACAUCCAAACCUUCCACAUCCAAAGUCCUUCCACAGUUUGACCGUACCAAAAAGCCUGCCGUUCGCUUCACGGAUGAGCCUAAAACGAGCGUAAAUGGGCCAGACAAAGAACCCAGCAAGAACACUCCAAAUGUCCCUGACCGUUCAACCAAACCGACCGUCCCCAUUUCUUUUUCUGAAGAGGAACAAAGUCAGAUACACUCCGAGGUGGUGGCAUCGAUGGAGAAAGCCAAGCAAGAACAUGAGAAACGCGUUCGAGAGCGUCGACUGCAAGAAGAGAUGCGGGAGAAGGAGCGAAAGGAGAGGCUGGAGAAUGAACAGAGUGACAAGGAAAAGACUGGAGAGGAGGACAGAGGACAUCAAGACAAAAAGAGACUGGAGAGACAGAAGGCAGAGGAUGAGAAAGACAAAGAUAAACAUGGAUGGAAGGAGAACGAAAACGAAGGAAAAGAGCAGAAUGUUGAGGCGCCCUCAAAGAGUAUGUCUCUCAACUGUCCUGGUCCCAGUGUUAUCAUAAGUGAGGUGAAGAGGGAGCCACUUACAAGAGCAAGAAGUGAGGAAAUGGGAAGGAGUGUACCAGGUUUGCCAGUUGGUUGGAUGAAGUUCCUUGAUACAGUUACCGGAACCUUCCGAUACUACCAUUCCCCAACCAACCGCGUCCACAUGUAUCCACCUGAAGUUACUAUUCCGACACCACCACCGGCAGCGGAGCCGAAACCUCCGCAACCAGCAGUGCCACCCUCCAAUGUAGAACAAGAACGGGAACAGUCCAAAUUAAAGCGCUCUUACUCUUCCCCAGACAUCAGCCAGGACCUAAGAGAGGAGGCCCAGAAGAAGAGCUCUGCACCAGUACCAACUGCAACAGUACCCACCAUUAAUCGAGAGAACAAACCUCCUAGUGCAAAGGUCUAUUCUAAAGUGGAGCUUUCACGACCUUCAGCGGCUAAAAUCCGCAGCCUGAAUCCUACCUUUGGAGGCCUCGGUGCAAGUUUGACCGGCCUUCGUAAUCUUGGAAACACUUGCUACAUGAACUCCAUCUUGCAGUGCCUUUGCAACACGCCCAACAUGGCAGAGUACUUCAACAAUAAUUAUUACUUGGAAGAUAUCAACAGAUCGAACAUUCUCGGCCAUAAAGGGGAAGUGGCAGAGGAAUUUGGCGUGAUCAUAAAAGCGUUGUGGGACGGUCUGUACAAGUGCAUCAGUCCGCGAGACUUUAAGAUCACCAUAGGAAAGAUAAAUGAUCAGUUUGCUGGCUAUGAACAGCAAGACUCACAGGAGUUGCUGCUCUUUCUCAUGGAUGGCCUUCAUGAGGACCUCAAUAAGGCAGACAACAGGAAGCACUACAAAGAAGAGGAAAAUGACCACCUGGACGAUCAGAUGGCGGCAGACCAAGCCUGGCGUAAACACAAGCUGCUGAACGAGUCCAUCAUUGUGGCGCUCUUCCAGGGCCAGUUCAAGUCCACCGUGCAGUGUCAGACAUGUCACCGGAAGUCUCGAACCUUUGAGACCUUCAUGUAUCUGUCGCUGCCUCUAGCCUCCACCAGCAAGUGCUCCCUACAGGAUUGUCUCAGGCUGUUCUCCAAGGAGGAACGUCUGACUGAUAACAACAAGGUCUUCUGUAGGCACUGCAAAGCUCACAGAGAUUGCACCAAAAAGCUGGAAAUCUGGAAAGUCCCCCCAAUUUUAUUGGUGCACCUGAAGCGCUUCUCUUACGAGGGCCGAUGGAAACAGAAGCUACAGACAUCAGUUGAUUUCCCUCUUGAUGCUCUGGAUCUGACUCAGUAUGUCAUCGGACCGAGGCAGACCCUGAAGAGAUAUAACCUUUUUGGAGUGUCUAACCACUAUGGAGGUUUGGACGGUGGUCAUUACACCGCCUACUGUAAGAACGCCUGCAGGCAGCGAUGGUACAAGUUUGACGACCACGAGGUUACCGACAUCUCCACGUCCAACGUCAAAUCUUCCGCUGCCUACAUUUUGUUUUACUCUACCAUGUGACUGAUCUGCUGGACCUGGAGAAGAACACACAACAAGGUUUUCCUUUUUUUUUCCCUGCAAAGUGGCAGUUGUGGGCACCUGACGGAGGAGCACACGUGUCCAUCCUAAACCCGACGGCUGCAGGAUGCCACGAGAGAGCAGUGAGGACAGGCAUGACGUUCAAUGCUUCUGCCACUAGAGGACCCUAUAGCUGUGAAAACACGCCGGCUGCUCAUAUUUCUGAUCAUCUAUUGUAGAGACGAGAGAUGGCAGUUUGACAUAGCCACGUGUGCAUUGAUUGUAGGGCAGGCGGCUGCUUCGACGCUCCUCGCGAGUUGCGGUUAACGUGAAUGACUCCAGUGUGUAAACACCAGCUUCACAUUUACAUUGCUUGUACGUAUUUAACAAAGCUGAUGUUGCACUUUUUCAAAUGUAAAUGUUUAACAACACGUUCAGUUGUUGCGUGACCAACUUUUUUUGUCGUUGACGGUAAGCAACUGUUAUAUUCGCACAACCGUCUUUAGGUUUUGGAGUUGCUUCUAAUAUUUAACAGAGGACCUAUAAUACUUUUUCAGAUUUUCCUCCGUAGUUGUCGUUGCAGAACCUAAUUUUAGUUUGGAGAUGGAAGUCUUGAUGCGUGUCAGAAAAGUUCCACGAGCCAAAAGACCGCGUGGUGGGGUCAGAAUUCCACAGGUAGAAAUAAGCAUAGGAAUUUUGUUAAACCUUUCAGGGACAGUGGUCACUACGAGGGAUGUCCCGAUCCGAUCACGUGAUCAGAAAUCGGGCCGAUCGCAGCAUUUUUCAGAGGAUCAGAAUGGAGUGAAAAGGAUCGGGUUUUUAAUUUUAAAAAUUUAUUUGUUUUUCUGCUUCAUACUCAUACAGCCUCUCACCCUCCCUCCUGCUCAGCAGACAUUUUUCUUGGUCACCAGUGCAGCUGGCGUUUGGUACUUAAAGUUAACGAUGAUUGACAGGUUUGUAACUUUGAUCAGGCCAGAGAAUCCUUGGUAGCUAUACUAUCAACGGCAAAAAUGUUUUAAUCAUCCUUAAGCUUGGCUUUCCCUGCCCCAGCUUCGGAGACAGAGAAAACAGCAAAAACAAAACAGGAGGCGUGACAGCUAGCCGACAUGUUAACCCAAACUGAGCGCAGUUUCCAAGUCUUUUUUUUUUUUUUUUUACGCCUUUCAAAAAGGAAAAAUCACAUAAAACUACCCCGACUCAUCAUGUCACACACGGCGGCGGGUUGAUUGUCUUAACCGAUCGGCCAGCCUCCAGUGCUCUGCCAAAUUUUGCACCCUUUUAAUAUUUUGCUUCCCAAGCUGUUGUGGCUAUGAAUAAGCCCUCUUACAUUCAGUUGUACUCUCAAUGUUAUCCACAGGUGCUAAAUAAACAGGUAACAUCGUAAACAUACAUGUUCAACACGAAUAUGGUGUAAAUUAAUGCUUAACGACACAGCGAAUAUGUAAACAAUGAGAGAGUGGCGUGCAGUUGUUGUGUACAGCUAACAUGGCAUGAUGUGUCUAAGAACAUUUCUACAUGUCCUUCCAUGAUCACACGCAAGUAAAUAUUCCUUGCAGUUGUUGUGUGCAGCUAACAUGGCAGGAUGUGUCUGAGAACUUUUCUACAUGUCCUUCCAUGAUCAAACGCAAGUAAAUAUUCCUUUUUUGAAGAAAGUUCGUAGUGUUUACUUUGUAACCGCUGUAUUAGUGGCCAUUUUUAAAAACAAGUUGCAAUUUCUGAUGGGAUGCAAAACAAAAAUUUGAGAGAACACGGCGUGUCGUUCUGCACCGGCCCCAGCGGGCAGGCAGAGAGGAGAGAGAGAGGGGAAUGAACACCGAAAAUAGCGCAUUCUCGGUCGACAAACCGGCUGACGUCGGAGCGGAGGGCUGCUCGGGGCAAAGCCGAGGAAAGUGCUAUGUGGGCGGGCACGCAGAGAGGUCUAAGGGUGGUAUGCGACAAGGUGCCGGUCGUAGGCCGUGUGGCCUUCUCGGUAGACAGGGAGGAUUGUCACCAACAAAAUGCAAGCCACCUCCUUAUUGAAAUGUUUGCCAUGAUCCCAGUAUUUGACAUAAUACAAAACACGUAGUUUACUCACUUCCUCGUGAGUCCAAUGGUCCCACAGUUGUCAGACUUCUUUAAAGAGCAUAUGACACGAGAAAAAAAGUCUAAAAUGUCAUUAUUAUGUGAAUUAGAAUCAUAUUUUGAGACGAUUCGACUAUAUACAACAAUUUAGCAAAGCACAGAUGACGAGAAAUUAGUCUUUUAAUCUGCUGGUUAGCCACGCCUACCAUUAUAGGGCUUUAGCGUCCCCAACAGGUGGAUGACGUCAGCGGUAGACUUGGCUCAUCGAUUUUACUAUUCAGCCCAUUGAGGGGAAAUUAUUCAGAACGAGGAAAACGCGACGAAGAAAGCCGCAAAAUGUCAUUGUUUCAGUCUCUCUACUCCAAUAUUUUUACAGGAUAUUCUUUUUACCCAAGUAUUUUUCCCCAAUAGCUAUAUAAAUGGAUUGAGAAGGACCAGUCAGCCCAUUGAGGGGGAACUAUUCACAACGAGGAAAACGCGACGAAGAGAGCGGCAAAAUGUCAUUGUUUCUGUCUCUUUACUUCAAUAUUUUUACAGGAUACUCUUUUUAUCCAAGUAUUUUCCCCAAUUGCUAAAUAAAUGGCAUGGUCAUGACAAAUAACAGUCUUGUGCUGAAUGAAAUAUGAAAUAAUAAAAAUGCAUUUAUUCAGGACGACAUGGCAAAAUUACUCCAUAAUGGUCAAAACUGUCGACUUCACCUUUACUGUCGCACCUCCCGAACGAUAUUUUAUGGCACCUAAAUCGGACAUAUGUCAUUUCCCUUCCCCGGCUUCGGAGAAUGUAAACAAACCAGAAGGCGUGACAGCUAGCCGACAUGCUAACCCGAACCGAGUGAUGUUUCAAAGUCUUCAAAGCGGAAAAUCACACAUAGCUAUCCUGGAUUAUUUGACAUGACGACCCGGUUGUCGAAUGUCUUAGCGGAUCGGCAAACCGCCCGGCGGAGAGCAAUUUACAGUUCAUUCCCCGGAGGAGGGUGGCUGGAGCUAACGCAGCUAACGUGCUGCUGCUAAUGCAUUAAGAGAGCUUUUUACAUGCCUAUCAAUGGUCAAACGUAAGUAGUCCUUCAUUUAAAGGAAGUUUGUAGUGUUUACUUUGUAAUCGCUGUAUUCGUAUUUGACAUAAUACAAAACAAGAUGUUUACUCACUUCAUCUUAAGUCCAAUGGUCCCACAGUAAAUAUCCACGGUGAAUGGGAACCUUUUGAAACUCCAAAAAGGCGCAUACGCCUCUCCCUCAUACAGAAUGAUUUUUCCGCAGCCGUUUGGCUGGCGUGAUGCGAAAAAUAAACGUAUUAAUCCGCAAAAUCAGCUGAAUCCUUCGUCCUCAUACACAACAGUACACUGUAGCGUGAAAAGGACGUCUUCUACCGUACACAUCACAGCGCCCUCCUCCUUAAUGCAAGACCGAAGCCGGAAGUCACUCAUUUUCCUGGCGCGGGAUUCAAAAAACUAAAUAAAUAUAGCGAUCGCUUCCACACACAUCCAAGCGGUCCAUAUCGUUCAGGAGCAUAAAAUACCGCGUGUAUUAUGAAAUAAACAUGCUUUUUCGUGUCACAGGCACUUUAAGCCAUUCUAUGCUCGGUGAAUGGGAACUUUUUGAAACCCAAAAAGGCUCACACACCUCUCCCUGGUGCGGCAACAAAAGCCUGCAGCACGUUGGGCUGGCGUGGUGCGAAAAAUAAACAAUCCUUAAAAUCGGCUGAAUCCGCAGCCCUUCCGCAUUCUGUGGGUAAUGGCUGUAUUGUGAGAUGGUGACCCGGCUGAUGUCACAUUUGCAUUUUUCCUCAAUCCAGGAAGUCAUUCGUUUUCAUGGCGCAGGAUUUGAAAAAUUGAAUAAAUAACUCGAUCGCUUCCACACACAUCCAAGCGGUCCUUUUCAUUCAGGAGUAUAAAAUACCGUGUGAAAUAUGAGAUAAACAUGCUUUUUACUGUUAUAGGAACUUUGACCUUUAAGUCUUUUCAGAGUGAGUAUAUUUGGUCAUUUGCUCAAAAAAAUCUUUUUUGGACACUUAAGACCCAUUAUAUAAGGAAAGUGACAAUUUUUGGACAUCUAAAAAAAACAACUAAAUAUUAGCAAUAAUGAUCAUACAUGUUUAAUGAUAGUAUUUAUAAAUUAAAACAAUGUUACUAAAAUGAUUUUAAAAUGGAUAAAGACAUAAAUACACUUUGGUAACGGCCCUAAGGAACACAUUUAAAAAAAUUAUUUUUUUAAAUCAUUUACAAUUUUUUUUUUUUUUUUUAAAUCGUUUUUAACUCAUCUCCUGCAAUUGGUGAUUGACAUCCAUUUAAACCGGGAAGACUGGCUGUGAAUGCUUUAUGUUUCAGUGCCAUUGACGGCACUGAAGUCCAAUUUUCCUUCCCAGUCAAAAUGGAUAGGCCAUCUAGUGUCGUCAGUGGUAGCCGGUGAGUUAAAUGACUGCCCUGUUUGAGUAUAUAAAAAAAAAUAAAAACAAAGAAAAUGUGCUUGAAAGAGUUAAAAACACUAAAACGUGCCACUUGAACUGAGUUGUGUAAACUUUGAUAUUUCCCCUUAUAUCCAAGGAAAAUCCUGUUGCUUGAAAAUUUUACCACCAGUCCUGGACUUUUUCUCACACUUCUAGGCACUUUGGAGAAGGAUUUUAAGAACUCUUACUAUUUUGCCGCAGCGACGAACUGAUAUGAGUACAUAAUGUGCAGUGCAAGAUAAACAGGAAAUAUUUUUCAACUGUGAAUCAGGAAAAUCUGUAAUAAGCAUAAUAGGUCCUCUUUCAUGCAACGGGAAAAGACUUUGAAUAUAUACAUCUGCAUCAUGAAGAAUAGACGGUAAUUGUGAUUGCUUAUUCAUGUUAAUCAUAUGGUUGCACUUACACUGUAUGCAACACAUAGUUUAACCAUUCUUUAGCGCUGAAUGCUAUAAAUUGCCGCAGAAUCAGAGACCUCUUUCGAGUGAUCCAGUGUUUUCUGCCCCUAUAACAUUAGUGUCAAAACUAUUUGCCAUUAAAUAUUACUGUCUGCAUUAUGUCAGUUUCGAAGAAACAUUACUGGUAUUUUUGGCCCUAAGUGAUUUAUAAAAGGUCAAGUUUGUCGAUAGUGGAGCUUAAGGUGUCUUUUAAAUUUAUCUUCAGUCUACUUAAUUUGUCUCAGAUCAAAAUGGACAUAUUUCCUUUAAGCAAAACUCACAACUUUGGUGACAAGUACAAGCAAGAAGUACAAAAAAAUUGACCAGAGAACAGAGAUGUGCAGGGAUUUGACUCGCUAUGUUUAAUAGUCCACUCGCCAGAUCCACAAUUUUUUUUCUUGUAUAUGUUGGUCUUUAUCAAUUGUUUGAGUACAUCAGAUAUAACUUCCAACAACUCAUGACUAUUAAAAUUUCUUUAAAGCUAUCUUUGUGUUUAUGGCUGUAAUGUAGACAUCUUAAGGAGUGCAGGUAGGUCCUCAUCAGGCGUUUUUACGACGCGAAGCUAAAGGCCGACAAUCUUUGGAUUUCGGAAUGGCUUGCGACUGUAAAGUAGGACGUAGGCGUCUGGAGAUUGCACGUGACUGUCUUGUAGCUCUCGGACCACGGAGUCAUCGAAGCAAUGCCAUUUUUGAGUCAGAGCGUUGUGGCACAGCGCUGUGUAGUGACCCAUGUUGAGGUGACCUAUGUGGUUCUAAAAACAGUUGUUCACAUUCAAAUACUUUAAGGAUUUGGACAGACAGGCUGGUUUGGGGGCUUUCCAAUCUGCAAAUACUAAGAUACAUUAAAAGAGUCAACUGAGCUUAAGUUGUACUCACCACGACCGCAUAGAGACGGUAGGAAGAACAAGAAGUGUUUCGUGCAGUGAUGGAUAGAAACAAGCUGAGAUCGAGUUCAUUGGAGAAGAACACAUUAGUCCUUAGUUUCACCUGGUUCUUUCCUUUACAACGGAACCUGCAGCAUAUUAUUCAUUGAUUUAUCAGCACUAAAACGAUUUCCCCCAACUGCUAUUCACCUCCGUACCGACCGUUUCAGGUGCAGCACAAGAAUUUCGGGGGCUUUCUCCAGACAAGUGAGGAGAGCAGUUUCUUUCCUCAGUUCGCAGGCUGAGCACAUUGUUUCUCCCUCUGUCAGAAGAGUCUGCUCAAAGAACAGAGACAAGCAGUCCUGCACAGUAUGGACACAAGUUGAGAAAUUAAAGGUAAAGUCACAACCUUAAUGUUUUGUCCCUAAAUUCUGUCUGAACUAGGGAUGUUCUGAUCACAUAUUUUUACAUGUGAGUCCUAGUCAUCUGAUUUCAUUGAUCUGUAGAUACAGAGUCCCAAUCAGAUACCUCGGAAAUGUAUUAAGGAGGGGAAAAAAAGCACCCUAACCCUAAUGUAUUUUUCCCCCAUUUUGAACAAAGCUAUCUCAACAUUAUGACCAUAUAAAAGUUUGUACAGCAGUGGUUUUAACGAGUAAUACCGAUAUUGGUAUCGGUACCGAUAGGGCUCUAAAAUGACGUCACCGGUACUGGAGAGAAAUCAAAAUGGAUUAGAUGUCUAUCGCCAUCAAUGGCAGUGAGGUAAUACUUAAAUAACUUUUUAAAACCACGAUUUUUUACACCUGAUUCUGAUCUCUGAAAAUAAUGUGAUCGGGCCCAAUUUCCGAUCACGUGAUCGGAUUGGACAUGCUUUGUAUGCACCUGAAUGGAGCACUUGCUGAUAUGUGUUGGGAUGGGCAAGGACAGCACAGUGAAGGUCUGCAUGCUGUGGGUCUUAUGAUGACACUGCAUGCAGACGGUCAUGUAGCUAAGUUGGCCUUCAAACAGCUUGGAAACAAUGGUAGACUCUCCUAGUUCAGAGAAACAAUUCUGGUGUUGCUCUCGUCUCAGUUGCCACUUGGUUGAGAAUGUCUCGCGCCUUCCAACCUUUAAAUCACAAAGAAACAUGACAGGAUAUAAAUUUCAAAUGAACUCUAACCCUUGACCAGUAACCUCCAGAAAUGUGGUCCUUAAAGUACCUUUUUUAAGUCUUCGUGGAGUGCAUUGAAGAGAUAGAGCAGAAGUUCCUGAGCAUCCUGCUGCGAUUGGUUGUUAAACUGUGACAGGGCGGAACAUAACACAGACCUGGCUUCCACGGGAGCACAACUUGAGCUCCUUCCUAGCCACAUCUGCUCCAGAAGGCGUACGAACACUUGUGCCACAUCACAUUUGGCUCUGUAAAAACAAAAAAACUGACCACCUAGCACACCCACUUUUCCAGUCGCAACAAAGGGCUGUUGUUUUGGCAGUUUUUUUGUUAACAAAGGAUUGUGCAGUCAAAAUCAAAUUUGUACUUGAAUACGUUUACGGAGUAAGACUUAACCUGUUUUUAAUUUUAUUUAAUUUUUUCUCUCUCUCUCUAAACCCAUACAAGGCCUGUUUUUGUUGCUGUAUCCGCAGGGUUUAAAAAACCAACAAAAAAUUUCUUAAAUCCAAUAAUUUCAAUUUAAGGCCUUAAAAUGUCUCAAAUUCUCCUAAAAUCUUACGAAAGGUCUUAAAUGCGAUUUUGAAAGGUCUUAAAAAUAAUUGAUGUCACUUUUAUUUAGGACAUGCAUAAACUUGUCUUUCUUUAAAUGUUUCGAUUUAUGGGAUGCCAAACUAACUACAAAGCGAAACUACCUGUGCUGCUCACUCAUUUUCCUUCAAGUCUUUUUUGUUUUUUUGCUGUGACGUUUCUGUGAAAAUCUCUUAAACUAUUCAAUAUGGUCUUUAAAAAGUCUUAAUUUUGGACUGUUGAAACCUGCAGAGACCCUGUUAUUGUUG